GUUCUGAGGAACAGGCUGUUUCUAUUCACCCUAAAAUGAAUCUUCUAUUUUCAUUAAUUAAAAUGUGUGGCUUCCAUUGGUAAUAACCUUGUUUUGCUUUAUGGCUUCUCAGAUAGGGAGCAAAUCGAGAAAACAUCAGCUACCCUGGGGUUUUAUUAUGUUAUUGACAUUCCUUUGGUGAUUCACAAGUGCCAGAAAAUAAAUGCCACGUUCCCCGGGGUCUAAACGAAGACACUGUAGGUCCUAGGCUCAAUCGCUGAUAUUUCAGGAAAACAUAGGAUAGGGUGAUGACUCACCCCGGUGGUAGCUGUCCUCCAGCUCUGUCCUUCAGAGGAAGUAUUACUGUGACCGUGCUGGUACUUUUCCCUCCCUCUCCAAGAAUUUCCAUAGGAGAGGAUGCCUACCAUGUGCCAAGGUCAGCCUCACCCUUUUAUCUUCCCCGGAGCACCACGACCUGCAGUGCACGGCUCGGGGGCUUGGCACAGAGAGAGCGGGCGAGCCCGCGCUCAAGGUAGGCGCUUAGCGGUCACGGCCAGUAGCCGAACAGAAGCAGCAGCAGAGAUUCACAAGGACAGCCUCCAAGUUGUUUUAGCGUGAGGUUACAAGUGUAUCCAGUGUUGAAAUUAAAAACAAAAAACACGAGGCCUCCUUCUCUCUCUCUUACUGGAGCCCCCCACGAAACAUACGGAUUUGGGUGGAGCGAGCCCAGACCCGUCGAGGCGCAGCUCGGUCAGGGCGGGAGGCGGCGGGGCGCCGGAGCCUCUUGGCAGCGCCGGGCUUCUGCGGCAGCUCGCAACAGAUGCACCGGGACCAGUUGCUCCACACUUUAUCUGUUUGCACCGCUUUCUCCUCUCUUCAGUGAAUUUCCAUGUUGAGGGCACAGCGCCAGAGAGGAGAAAGAAAGAAGACACUCAUGCUGGCUGCUUUUCCUGGGAUGUGACCCGAGCUCAAGGCUGUCAGCCAGUCCUGCCCAGAAGUGCCACUUGCAGAGCCUGGAGUUGAUGAAGUAUUUCAAGCUAAUAGAGUGGGUUUUCUAGAAAACUCCUUAGAGAUAAAACCCCUCUCGUGGCCUUUGUCAAUAUGCUGUUUGAGACAGAGAGUGAUACGCAGAAACUGAAAAUGCCCGGCGGAUUUCUGUCCCUCCUUUUCCUGCCUGUGUGCAUUUCUGCCUGAUUCGGACGAUGUGAUAAUUCAGAGAGAAGGCGCCAUCCAAGCCUUCCUUCUGCGGGACCCGUCCGGCCCAGGACGGGAGGCACAGAGCCGGGGAUGGCCAGUCAGCCGCCAGAGGAGGCAGCCGAGUCUCAGGUCUCAGACGAGCUGGAGUGUAAGAUCUGCUACAACCGGUACAACCUGAAACAGAGGAAGCCCAAGGUGCUGGAGUGCUGCCACCGCGUGUGUGCCAAAUGCCUGUGCAAGAUCAUCAACUUCGGGGACUCCCCGCACGGCGUCAUCGUCUGCCCUUUCUGCAGGUUCGAGACGUGCCUACCGGACGACGAAGUCAGCAGCCUGCCCGACGACAACAACAUCCUGCUGAACCUGACCUGCGGCGGCAAAGGCAAGAAGUGCCUGCCCGAGAACCCCACCGAGCUGUUGCUGACCCCCAAGCGGCUGGCCUCGCUGGUCAGCCCUUCCCACGCGUCCUCCAACUGCCUGGUCAUCACCAUCAUGGAGGUGCAGCGAGAGAGCUCGCCCUCGCUCAGCUCCACGCCCGUGGUCGAGUUCUACCGGCCCUCCAGCUUCGACUCGGUGACCACCGCGGUGUCGCACAACUGGACCAUGUGGAACUGCACGUCCCUGGUCUUUCAGACGUCCAUCCGGGUGCUGGUGUGGUUGCUGGGCUUGCUGUACUUCAGCUCCCUGCCCUUGGGCAUCUACUUACUGGUCUCCAAGAAGGUCACACUGGGGGUCGUCUUUGUCAGCCUGGUCCCCUCCAGCCUCGUCAUCCUGAUGGUGUAUGGCUUCUGCCAGUGCGUCUGCCACGAAUUCCUAGACUGUCUGGCACCGUCCUCUUAAGCGAGACUGGCGCACCGAGAAGUCAGACACCUCUUGCCACGUGUCAAGUUAGGUCGCUUAGCCUUUGUUUUCUAUCACAGUCUCUGUGAUCGGCGCCCAUGGUGUGAACAGAGCCACUGGGCAUAUGUCUGUGGUCCGUUUUCCAUCCAGAUGUUGACUCGGUGGGUUUUCCUGUACGCUGGAAGUAACAUGUUCAUUUCUACUUAUGUGUUAGCAAAAAAGAGACAGGGAUCAGCUCAGCCUUCUAGCGCUUUUCUACUGAGUCUUCACAGAGACAGGGCAGCCACCAUGCAGAGCUGCUAGACGGACCCCGGGGGCCCGACAUGUUGUGCUGUGGCGGCCGGAGUCUUUGUGGACGGUUAGGCAUGAACUGGUUCCUCUUCUCAUCAUCUUAGCCUGGGGUGGAGGGUAGACCCAAGAGGGGGGCGGCCCCAGGGCACACCCAUUUGCACAGUGCACACCCCUGCCCCUGGCUCAUGGUUGGCACUUCCCUGGAUCCUCUCCAGCUCAGAUGCUGGUCCCUCCGUGCAUGGUACUUGCCAAGAGGAACCUGGCCUCUUGCGUGGUUUCAGCUAUAUGCCUGUUUUGUCACAUUACUAUAGAGAGCUUAAAACGCCGGGAAAUCGGCAUCAGUAAACCUCAAAGCAGAAUGUGGCCACUCGUUUUGGACACACACCCUUUUUUUUUCUCCAUGUUUAUUUUCUGCUCUCCAGCUUUCUCUGAAAUUCUCUCAGAGCAGUUCAUGGAGAUCCAAUUUGAGCUUUUCCUUAAAGCAUUUUAGUUUAGUUUCUUCUUCUUCUUUUUUUUAAAACCACAUUGUUCAUUCAGCACCAUCCUUUAUCCUGGAUGGGGUUCCAUUUAAAUUAGUUGCUAUAACUAUGUGGAUUUUGAUUAUUUUUUUCUCAUUUUGUUUUAAAUUCUAGUAUGGACUCACUUAAUCCUGUAACAAUUUGGCGUAAAUUGUGGCAGUGGAAACCCAGGAACAGUUCAGGAGCUGUUCCAGCUCAUGGUUUGAUGUGCCGAGAACCUAAGUAUUUUGCUGUGUUCUAUUGAGCUGUACCAAAAUAUAAUGGUUUAGGGUUAUGUGCAGUAGCUCAGGCAAAAGGAUGGGCAAGAGAGAUGUCAAGCUGAUGCCCUUCAAGGGAGUAUAUAACAAAAUGGAAGGGCAGAGUGCAAUCUCCCAUAUUGCCAUCCCUGUUAAGUCCCUUUUAGAACGGAUUCAAGUUCUCAUGCAGUUUAUUUCAAAUAAAAGCAUAAGCUUAUAUGACUUGAGUUAAUGAACUAAGCUUAUAUGACUUGAGUUAAUGAACUUCUUUUUGUGUGGUAGGGGACAUUGAAUGUAUAUAUUUACAAGAAGAAAUUGGGUAACAGAUUUUAGGUUUGAGGGAAUAGAAUGCCCACAGAAAGUAGGCCAAAAAAAAAAAAAGUUUUUUAGCCUAAAACUCAUUACUGAUGACAAAUGUUUAAAUACUUAUAACUCUUAGAAAAGGGCAUUACUAAGGCUACUUUACUUAUUUGUGACGAAACAUUUGUUGGGUGAAAGACAGUGGACCAGUUCCAAUCUCUUUAUUCAGGAAAAAUCGAUACUUUUCUAGAACAGUAGUUUUUAAUUCUGUAACUGUUAACUUGGAGACUAUGUAUGCCCAGGGUAAAUAUGACGAGAAAGUAUGUGUGGGAUGUGGCCCAGUGAAUUUAAGCCCCAAUAUAGCUAUACACUUAUAAUUUCCCAAAAUCUAGUUUAGAUGGCAUUGUGAAUGCAAUUUCCAAAUAUCCAUUUGUACUUAGAGUAAAUGUCAUGUUUAGGAGGUGUUUUGUGGUUUGGAUUUAUGUGUUUAUAAGGUUUUUUAAAAAGACUCAUUGUGCCUGAAAUGUAACGUCAGAUAGACUGGUGAGUUAUCAGGGGGUGAGCGCUCUAGGAAGCUCUGGGUGUGGGCACUGUGCGUUUUGCGUAUUUGUGCCAGGUCCGCCGUGCUUGCUUUGUGUCUCUGUAUCGUGGUAGUCUUUUUUUCUUUUCUUUUUUUUCCCCAGUUGCCAGUAAGUUAAUUUGGUGUUAACCAGUUUUAAAUGUAUGACAACAAAAAACCUUUUUAUGAUGUUGGAUGAAAAAAGGACAGUGCUUCAGUCCUUUAUUUAUUGUGGUGAUGUUUUAUUUGUCCAUUAGAUUGUUAUUGUUUCCAAGCUAGACGUUUGAUUUUUUUCUGACUGAUGGUUGAAAUUCAAUUAUUUUGGACUUCUUUUAACAUUAGAUAAUUGCAAACUUGAGCUUUCAAACACAUUGAUUAAGCUAAUGCCUUUAUUAUACAAAUAAAGAUUCUAGAACUUUCUGACAAAGCUGAUCUACUCUAUCAUAAAAGACCUUUGUGCUUUUUUUUUUUUAAAGAAAAGGAUGAAAGUAGGAAAGAUAAAAUAAAAACAUUGUCUUUAUAAUAAAAUUUUUUGGUUUUAA